AUGCCUAAUAACUUAGUCAAUCUUUCUACCCAAAUGAGAGAUGCCAACACACCCGGUACCAAUGACGUACAACCAACCCCCGCCAACGAGCAAAGCUCAAACCCCUCCAUAGACUCCACCGCUACACCAUCUUCUACUUUACUCGUCCCCAACCCUACCUUACCAGACCCUAUCAACAACCCUUCCAAAAACACAAACACCCAAAAUCCCAAUCAAUCCGUAACCCCAUCCGCAGACCAUACCGCGACCACGACUGAAAAGUCAAACGCGAGAGAAAGCCAGAAAAGGAGUAGACCGUCGAAGUCAAACCCCAAUGGCACCAACGCUAAAGAGUCAGGCCCGACGGGAUCGAAUGGCAGCCAAAGACAAAACAACCAACCGAACGGUCUAGCUACCUUGUUAGGAGCGAAACACAUAAACGACAAAGAUGAUAUCCAGAUUAUAUCAGAGUCGAACAAAGCAGAACGUCUCAGAGAUGAAGCGACAGCCAAAUUCCUCGAGAAAGCACUCGAAGCCGAAGGAGAAGGCGAUAAGGCGAGAUCCGAUAUGUUCUACAGCUUAUACGCGGCAGCAGUUACCGGAGGACCCGUUGCCACUAAAGACACGGAAUCCAUUUCGAUGUUUGGGGCAACAACCGACCACCCAGUGAAAGGGUCCCGGAAGAACACCACAGUCGGUGGCACCAACUUCCACUGGGGAGACAAAAACUCCCAUGAAGAUGUCGGGUUCACGCCAUAUUUCGAGAAGAACAUCACCGAGCUCAAGGGACCAAUCCCGUUGACGAUUUUCAACAAGGCAUGGCAAGACGCAGCCCUCUCAUACCAUGCUGAGAAAAGAACCAAGACCGACGACAACUCGACGGAAAAAGGACUCCGCUACACUGGCUAUCCCUAUCCGAGUGAAUGGCUGAUGAACUACAGCGACUGGAGCCUCAACUACGAAGAGUUUACCAUCACAAUCAGAGAUGUUUAUAAAUUCGAAACUCUAGGUGAAUGGAUCGUACUGCACAAGGCCAACUGCGACAAAAUCCUUCGGAAAGACGGAUUCAUGACGGCGCUACGCUACGACAUCAGAAUCCGAGCAAAUGCCUUUGCCCACAGGGUAGUGCGUAACGGAGUUUCUUCCUUCUCUGACAUUUCCAUGUUCAGACAAGAGGUUUACGACACCGCUUACGCCGAAGCAAGACGCUUCGACGAGUUAUCUUUCCGUGACUCAAACCCAUACGCGAUCGGAGGAGUGAGAAGCGGCUGGGACCCACACACCGGCUCAAACCAAAACAAGAAAGCAAGUGGUCAACAGUCUUCCGUCAAACCAACACCGACAGGACCUUUGGGCUCAACCAACGCGCUCCCCCCCAAGCCUAGAGACAACCGACCGGCGAGAAGCUCCAGUUAUCAAGGGAAGAAUUUCAACCCCAAAAAAUCUAAAAAAUAA